UAUAACUUUUACUUUUGGCGGGAUUGCUUGGUUUGAUUUUGGAAUGGUGUAAAAGCAAAGCAAUUACGUUUCAGAAGAUUGAAUUGAAGCAAAAGCAAAAGACACUUUUGAAGUACCAUAAAUAGAUGUUGGGAAAGACAUAUGAGAGACUUGUUGUAAUAACAAAGAAAGAAAGACAAGAAUGAGUAGCAAGAGCUUAGGAGCUGCUCCUGCUGCAGGUUCUGCAGGCAACACCAACGGUAAGCUUCCAGUGGAGGAGAACGAAGAAGAAGAGAUGUGGAAAGUGACGGUGUCUAGGUUUCAAGCAAGAGAAGAAGAGAUAGAGAGGAAGAAGAUGACUGUUAAGGAAAAAGUUCAACAGAGGCUUGGUUUUGCUGAGGAAGCUACAAGAUGUUUGACUCAAACAUUGGAAGAGCUGGAGAUUAUGGGAGAUCCUAUGAGAAAAGAAGUUGGAAUGGUGAGGAAGAAAAUUGACAUGGCGAAUCGAGAUAUCAAAUCUUUGGCUCAAAGCUGUCAGAAGAAGGAGAAGGAAUACAAAGAGACAUUGGAAGCUUUCAACGAAAAGAACAAAGAGAAAACUCACCUUGUUUCCAUGUUAAUGGAGCUACUGGCUGAAAGCGAAAGAUUAAGGAUGAAGAAACUGGAGGAAAUCAACAAGACUGUUGGAACUUUGCAAUGAGGAGAGGAAAAAUUCCACAUGGAUCUUACCUUUAAAAUUUGUAUAAGACUAUUCAGGUCAUUUCAAUUAAAAGUGAGCUAAGAUGUAACAUGAUGCACGAUUAAAGAAUGAUUUUUCUAAUGCUUAAGGAUAAUAAUGUUUUGCUUAAA